AAUCUCGCAUGUUCAUUGGUUUAGCUACCAAAUCUAAUCAGAGAAUCUCAUUGGACAAUGGAUUUAGCGGCAUUUCUGUAGGGCGCAUGCGUUCUAUACUGUCAACUUUCCAGCGCGCGGAAUUGUACAAGAAAAGGAAGAGGAAUAGGUGUGAAUAGUUUUUACACGUUUUAUUGUCUUGCCACCUGUUUAAACAUUAUUUUAUCAUAUAACGUAAGGUAACGGCACCAUGUGGAACCAAGGUGGAUCAUACGGUGAAUCAAACAUGGGUGGUGGAUACACUCAGUCCCCGGGAGGAUUCGCAUCACCUGCUGCCUCCCAGGGAGGAGAGAAGAAAGGGAGACAACGUGCCCAACAUAUUAUCCCCUGCACAGUGUCCCAGCUCAUGUCUGCUGCCCAAACAGAGGAUGUCUUCAGAGUGGGAGAGGUAGAGGUUGCCCAGGUUACCAUUGUGGGCAUCAUCAGAACCACUGACAAAUCCAUGACCAACAUCCAGUACAAAGUCGAUGACAUGACAGGGGCCCCUAUGGACGUGAAGCAGUGGGUAGAUACGGAGGAUUCCAGUGUGGACAGCACUGUCAUUCCCCCAGGCACUUACGUCAAGGUCUCUGGCAAUUUGCGCUCCUUCCAGUUGGGCGGAGGAGGGGGAAUGAACACUAGCAUGGUGCCCUUGUCGAGGCCGGGAAUGGGUGGCAACAUGGGAGGUGGAUACUCGGGUGCCAACGACAUGUCCGCUAACGGCCUGAGCCCAAGCCAGAACCAGGUGCUGAGCUUGAUAAGGAGCUGUGCAGACGCACAGGGUAUCAGCACACAGGACUUGAAGCAGAGACUCAGCGGCAUGAGCUUGGCUGUCAUCAAGCAUGCAGUGGAGUUCCUCAGCAACGAAGGACACAUCUUCUCCACCAUCGACGAAGAUCACUUCAAGUCUACGGACAAUGACGACUAAAGCAUCUCUCCAUUCCCUGUUAGCACUAAGAACAUGAUCAUAGUCUUGGGUCCAUUCUCAACACACUGUGCGCUAUGAGCGGACGAUUGUAUUUAAGAAUAACACCCAACCCCCUCUUAGAAUUUUAAGAUCUCAACACUGAAAAUAGAACCUGUAGUCAUUCAUGGAAGCAUGAUUCAUACUGAGGAACAUUGUGGGAUGUCUAUAUAAUCCUGAGGGUUUCUGUGAAAUUAGGCCUUGGUUUGACUGACGUGGUGGCCAGUGUUCACAUAUCCUGUUUCAACUUCCGUUAAUGAUAUUACAGUAAGAGUGGGUGCAUCACAGGCCAAUGAUUUUUCUCACAGUGAAUGCAAUCUGUGUGACUACCAGUUCCUGAAUCAUUGGUCUUGGUAGUUGUCGUUUAAAAAUGGUGGACAGAAUGCAAAACUUUGCCAUUCCUAUUCAGAUUGUCUUAUGUCUCUAUGUUUUGUUUUUGUCUCUAGUAAAUGUAUAUUUUCAGAAAAAUGUGUAAUUUGUUCUCAAGAUAUUACUAUUCUUUUAUAUAGUCAAUUGGGAAGUAUCUCUUACAAUGUAUGUAACCUUAGAAUGCAGAAGUAUAAGAUCAUACAGUAUCGAUACCCAAAGCAAUGAUGCAUAUGCACCAGUAAAGCUUUGUGUUGCGCAAGAAGA